AUGAAUGAAAAUGAAGAUGAGGAUGAAGAUGAGGAUGAAGAUAAAAAUGAAAAUAAGAAUAAGGAUAAAAAUAAGGAUGAAGAUGAGAAUAAAGAUAAGGAUGAAGAUAAGGAUAAAGAUAAGGAUAAAAAUGAGGAUGAAGAUGAGAAUGAAGAUGAGGAUGAAGGGUAUAUCUAUAAUAUUAAAAUAAAUAAAUAG